AUAAUUCAAACUUGUCAAAAAAUAAAAAUAUAACCAUGCUGAAAAUCAUGGAUAAUAUUAAUAUUUUAACAAAAAAACAAGAUCAAACUAAUGAAUUACUUUUAUCAAUAAAUAAAAAACUUGGAUUAAUGAUUGAAAAAGAUGCCAAUAUAAAAUUUAAGGGAGACAUUAAUAAUAUAACAAAGAUUUUACUUGAAGAAUAUGUUUAUCCUGAUCAAAAUGAAAUUAUAAAUAUGCGUGGAACUAUUACAGCUAAUAUUAAGAAAAACAUGUUUGUUAUUUUAAACCUACCAGAAAUUAAUAUGAACUCUUUAUCAACUGAAAUAAUUAACUGGAAAAAUAGUCCAUCUACAAAAGAUGCUUAUCGUACUUUAUUUCUUGAAAGAAAUGAUCAACCAAGUCAAAUGGACCAGAUUAUUAGAAAAACAUGGUGUAAAAAUUAUACAGAGAUAUCUGAAAUACUUAGAGCUUAUGCAAUCACUGUUGUUGAAAAUCUUUUGGAUCCAAAGAUUCUAUCUGUUGAAAUUUCACAAUCACGAGUCAAGUCAAGAUUGUGA